ACUGAAAUCUACAUCGCCGUACUCAUAUGGGAAGAUAUUGAAGAUAUGCAUCGCCUAAUUUCGUAGAGAUUUCAACACACGAAAAUGGAGUUUUGAUGAAAUUGGAGCAUGGGCUUUGCAAUCUUUCAAUCAAUUUAAAAAAUUGAUAUCAAGGUAAUGUUGGAAGGAAAAGGAUUGCGAUUAAUCCUGAAGAUGUUGCUAGAAUCCCAUUGAAUCGCUGGACAACAAUUCGUUCUAUGGCUAGUGCACUAAGCAUGUCAAAAACAAGCCUUCACCGGAGAGUUAAGGAUGGAUCUUUGAAAUCCCACUCAAAUGCUGUCAAGCCUAUGUUAACAGUGGAAAACCGGAAGGUAAGAUUACAGUUCUGCAUAUCUAUGAUUGAUUCAAGUUCGUCUCAUAAUAAUCCAUGUUUCAUAGAUAUGUAUGACCGGGUUCAUAUAGAUGAGAAAUGGUUUUUCCUCUCAAGAACUUCUCAAAAAUAUUAUCUACUGCCUGAGGAAGAUGAACCAUAUCGUACUUGUAAAAGUAAAAAGUUUAUAACAAAAGUUAUGUUUCUUUGUGCUGUUGCUCGCCCUCGGUUUGAUUUAGAAAGAAAUGAAAUGUUUGAUGGGAAAAUUGGGAUGUUCCCAUUUGUUUAUAAAGAACCAGCUAAGCGUAGAAGUAAGAACCGGGAAGCUGGAACCUUAGAAACUAAGCCCAUUGAAUCUGUAAAUAAAGAAGUUACAAGAAAAUGGUUGAUUGAUUAUGUAUUGCCUGCAAUACGUGCAAAAUGGUCUCUAAGUAGUUCAAAGACUAUAUAUAUUCAACAAGAUAAUGCAAAGCCACAUAUUAGUAUGAACGAUGCUGAAUUUUUGGAGGCUGCAAAUAAAGAUGGCUUUGAUAUUCACAUAACUUGUCAGCCUCCAAAUAGUCCAGACAUGAAUGUAUUGGAUCUUGGUUUCUUUAGAGCUCUUCAAUCUUUACAACAUCAAGAAGCUCCUCGCAAUGUGGAUGAACUAGUUGCUGCAACUCAUAAAGCCUUUAAUGAGAUCUCGGUAGAAAGUCUUAGUAAUGUUUUUCUAACAUUGCAAUUAUGUAUGGUUGAAGUUAUGAAAAACUUCGGAGGGAACAAUUAUAAGCUGCCACACAUAAAUAAGCAAAAGUUAGCACAUGAAGGCUUAUUACCUACCACUAUCGCAUGUGAUCCAGAAGUCUUAGAUGAAGCAAUUUCAAGUCUCUAGCAGUAAAGUUCUGAAAAUGAGGUUGCUUGGUGAAGUGUACUUGUCGUUGUAAAGUUCUGGUAUGAAGUGUAAUUGUAUUUGUAUUUUUGGUGAACAUUUGUAUCUAGCAUUGCUGCUUUUGUAAUGUAUUUUGUGUUGAAGUGUAUGGCAGGAGACACUAUGAUGAUUAGAGUAGUCUGUUUUGCUUAUUUUGUA